AUGCCUCAGGCGCUAAUUGAACGGUGCACUAAUCAGGUGCCAGUUGGACGACAGACGAAUCGAACGCCGGUUCGAUGGCAAAGAAAUCAGGCUCCAGCUGGACGGCAGAUGCUUCAGAACGAGCUCUAUCCAUUGCAAUUAUCAAGCACAACAAUAAAGAAGUCAUUAACAGAUCAAGCAAAUUUUGAUAAGCUGGUGAAGCUGCCCACGAGGAGGGAUGAGCACGUUAAAGGCGCAGCAGCAGACGUUACAAAACUGAACAGGAGUAGAGCUUAUGGUACUCCAAAGCAAAGCUCAAGUGUUGCCACUAUACUGGACCAGUCUGGACCCAGAAAUGCAACAUACACUAUUGCAAGCCCAAGAACGGAUAUUUCGAUACCGUGCAUUGACAACAAGGAAAAAUGCUCCUGGCCAGUGAGUAGAAUGGCCAAAUCAUCGGUCGGUCAUUCUGAAAUUUCAACUAGCUGA